CGAUCUUGGCAUUCCAAUCGCGUCCGUCGUCCGUGCCGGUUCAGCUUCUCUGGGGUUCUCUCUCGCUGUGUGUGCGCUGUGCUGAUGAUAACAUCACAGACCGUGUGCUUCUCUGCUGCCCUCCAAUAGGAAGAAGAGUGGUUCCUGGUGGCAGCUGUUGUGCUUGGCUUCGCCGGAGUGUUGGCUGAUGGGAAGAAGCUUUGUUGUGAUGAUGAUGGUUCGAUCUGGAAGUGCCAGUUGCAGCACAUGUUUGUAAUGUAAUACCCUCCCGCCCGCCUGCCUGUCCGCUGUUUCGCUGUCUUCUCGGGCGGACCCAGAUCACAGUCGGUCAAGUGUGGGCCGUUUUUUUUUCGUGUGCAGGCUAAGUGUUCGGUGAAUAGUGGUUUUGAAAACAACAACAACUAUUGGUAGUUGAUGCCGGGCGGUGAAUGAAGAUUGAUUUGAAGCGCUUUGCUGGGAGGAAGUUUCGUGCCACAUUAUUGGUCGGAAGAGAUCAAAGUGAAAUUUGAAGAAUUUUUGUGUAGAAACGAUUUACAGCUGAUGCGGUACUGAUUGCGGCAAGUGUUGACCAUUAAAAAGUAGUAAAAACGGUUUGUGACAGUUCGAACGGUUUCGACCUGGUGCGGAUUAACGCAGUCAGUGCUGGGUGUCCUCGUGCGCGUGAAGCUUCCAAAGAUCAAGAGGUAUCUAAAUCCGUAUCUUCAUCGGUUGACUGGAUAUAAAUAAACACGUAAGGUACCCGCUUACGCCGGUUGUCGCGUCAUUGCCGACGGAACGGAGCUCGGUUCCGAAUAAACCUGUUUGUUUUGGUUCCGAGUCGGUGCGCGGAGGGCAUAGAUGGCGCUAGACGCGAAAGCAAUCAAGGAGGAAAUUCCCGACAAAGACACAUAUGAGACCAGUAGUCGCAAAGUGAAAGGUAAGGAGCAGUGCCGAACGCCAGACUCACCGGAAGGAGCCCGAGUGGUGGCGCCACGGUCGCCGAUUUCGCCUCAGGUGUCACAGCAUCACAGCAGUCUGGUGCCCCAGCCGAGAUCCGGCGGUGCUGGCAGUGGCACUGGGUCAUCAUCACAAGUCGCAGCAACCCGCAACGGGAGCUCAUCGCCACCGGGCGAGGCUCGGGUGCUGAACGGUAGCGGCGGAAGUGGGGGCGGCAGCGGUGGAGGGGGAGGCAGCCUGGGAUCGAUUACGCCGCCCCCCGUCAUUACUUCCGCUUCGGCAGUGGCAGCAGCAGCAGCCGCAGCGGCACAGCAGGACACAGCCAAGCUGCUCAAGAUACGGCGCUUCCUCGGCGCGCUGGUGCAGUUCGGACAGGACACCAAUGUGGACAUUGGGGAUCGGGUGCGCUCGCUGGUUCUGUCGUUGGCGAGCAAUGGCCUAACUGUGGAAGAGUUCCAAAUUGCCGUGCAGGAGGCAACCAACUUUCCCCUUCGAUCGAACGUGGUUCCGUUCCUAAAAUCGCAUGUUCCGGUACUACAACGGGAAAUCACCAUCCUUUCCAGAGCCAGCAAGCAGACUCCCUCGCAGUAUGUCCGCUCGAAUGAAACCAGUGUGAUGGAGUACGUCCAGAAUCUCGCCGACACAGCCGAUAUCUUCCUAUCACACGAAGGCUACAGCUCAACGACACCGAUCCCGGCACCCAGUGUCAACGGAUUGGGACUCAAACGACGAGCGUCCGAUAACUUAUACGAUACUCACCCAUCGGGACCGCCGGAAUGGGCCGACUACGUACUACCACCGACCAAACGUCCGCACCCGUCACUACUGCUGGCUUCCGGAACUCCACAGCUCUAUCCCACACAUCCGGCCCUGUUCGAGUACCAGAACGGAGGGCUUCAUCCACAUUCCGAGGGAUUGCAUUCCAUUCACCGAGACGAGCGUGACCUGCGAAUACCCUCCGGCGAUAGUCACCGGCCGCCGAGAAUUCCUCCAGGAGGUGGAAGUGGUGGCGGAGGAGGUGGUAGUGGAGGUGGUGGUGGCAGCAGUAACAGUGUCAUUGGGGCUGCCCCUACCAGCGCCGGAAGUGUAUCCGGCGCUGGUGGUGGGGGCGGUGGCGGUGAAGAAGAAUGGAAAAACAUCCACACCAUGUUGACGUGCAUAUCGGCGAUGGUUGAGAAGACAAAGCGCGCCAUUUCGAUCCUGCAGCAGCGAGGAAUCGAGACGCACCAGGCUCGUGACCACCAGGAUAACUCGAUAGCGGAUAUUAAGAGGCAGACGGAGGAAAAGAUUGCCGAGUUCCGACGGAGUGCCGAGGAGUCGGUUAAUCAGGUCAAACGACAAGCGGUGAUCGAGAUUCAACGGGCGGUUGCGGCAGCGGAAGCGAGAACCAUCGAGAUGUUCGCCCAGGAACGGCUAAAGAUGGAAAAGAUGUUCACCGACAUCCACCGGGGUGGAGGCUCCGAUCCGGAUGUGGACGGCCCAACCGGUGGCAGCCAGAACGUUAGUACUCUUGCGUGCUGGAAUUGUGGUCGAAAAGCUAACGAGACGUGCUCGGGAUGCAACCUAGCCCGGUAUUGUGGAUCUUUCUGUCAGCACAAGGACUGGGACCAGCACCAUCAGGUCUGCGGAACGUCCCGAGCGGAGAACGCCUUCCAGAAACAUGCAGCCAGCGCUCGAGCUGCUCUAUCGUCACGUUCCACAACACCCCAGCAGUCCCAGAGCAGUAACAGUACAGCCAACGGGACUGCGGCCGUUGCAAAAUGACGGACUAAACCACUGAAACCUAAGAAGAAAUAUCUAUGCUAGUCAAAUUAAAGCGAUCGCCGUUCAUCUCCCACAGGAUGGAGCACUGUAGCGAUGAUAAGCUAACCAACCAUUUAUCAGUUCACAUUCACCAGUUGCAUCUACUCAUCAACCAUCAUUAGUCAGGCGCUACCUAUUCCUAAUUUCUAUGCAAUAAGACUAGUUACAGAAGCCGUCAGCUAUCCGGUUUCGGUUCCUUCAAUUAAUACUAGCCAAAAACAUAUGACUAUGACCUGCAUUUUAGAAUCUUAGUUGACGAAUAUCCAAAUGAAAAGUGCAAUAUAAGGUAAUGAAACUAGGGAAACUAUCAUCAGAUUAAAAUUAGCUGAGAAAAGUGAAGAGUUAAUUAAUUCACAUAGAUAAUACGUAGAUGUGGAACUUGAAAUACAAGCCCGAACACUCAUUUCUAUAGAAUAUAAAACCGAUAACUCCAUAGGCACCGAUAGAUGUUUGUUUUCCUUCGGUGGAUUUCAGGAACACCCCUAGCGUACAAAAUCAGAAGCACGUGCCGGGAUGCGUUCUGCGCAGAAUCCACGUUCAUUCCUAUUUCAGUUGGUGUUAGUCGGAGCACGUGCUUUUUGUUUACUAACUCGAUAUUCACUCAACAGGAAUACCCAAACACAGUAAUAUAGACCGCCACCCAAUACACACAGUAAAUAAUCUAGAAAAGAAAAGGUUUUACUUUCAUUGGAACAACGCCAGUGUAGAAUAAUUUCAAAACAGCAAACUAUCCCAAAUAGCGAGGCUAGAUCCCAUAGAUACAAGUACUCCAAAGAUUAACGCUUGUUCGUUAGGUUCUUUAAUUCAGUAGAUGCACCACGUAAUGAUUACCAUUCAUUGGAAUCUUCAAUGUAGGAGGGAAAACUUAUUGAUAGCACAGUUACUACUUUUACCAGUAAACGUUGUUAAUUAUUUAUUCAUUGUAGUCUAAGUUUGUACAGUUUCUGCGAAUCAUGAGGGGGAGCCUUCACAUACUCUCGAUUUUACGUAAUGGUGAUUAGAUCACUAGCAACAUGUCAGUCAUAAAUACCGAAUGGGAAAAAAUAGAUCACUCAAUAUUAAAUAUGAAGAGACGAAUCAUCGAAAAGAAAAGUGUCCGAAUGGAACGAUUGCAUUCAAGCUGUGAAUCUCACUUGCACAGGCUACUUCCAUUCCAAAUUUUCUGAAAGGAAGUUUAGAUGAUUAACCGUAGAGAUUCCUUCCGCUCUGUAAAUAGUUGUUCUUCUCCGUAGAGUUGUAACAGAUCACGCAGACAUCUAGAAGCAAAGUCUCCACAUUCACGAUCAAUCUCACACGAAGCAAAGCAAAUCACAUUUAAUAGACAUACACGAAUUUUGGAAUCUAUCCAAUCUUGGGAGAGAAUCAAAGAAUAGGUAAACCUUCAGAACAAAAUGGAAAAUAAAGUCUUAUUUGUUUCUUAAAAUAAA